UGUGAAGACAUAACAGAAUAAACGGUGCUGAUGUGAUUACCUCGGGGAACCGAAUGAGCGUUUACCGUCUGUUGUGACGUGUCCUUCACUAGGCUACAGCGCGCGGGGAAUGUAGCUUGUGUUACUGAAGACUUGCUCACGUGAUCAGGUAGUAAGUUACUUUGUAAUAUUUCUAAAUAAAGGAGAGCCGCUCUAGGAGCUCAGAUGCAACAGCCAAGCUGUCUUCAUCAGGGUAUAAGUAAGUUACUUUGUAUCAAGGAUGUAGACAACUGCUUUUUACCAAGGCCUUGUACGCAACACCUACAAUAUGCUUUCCAGGACAGACUGUUGGAUUCGGAUUGUAUAUAGGCUGCUGUUCAGUCGCUGUUUGUGGUCAGACAUGACAGACAAGAUGGACGCUACAGCUUCUGGAGGCUUACAGUACAAUAACAGACUGUUGGAUUCGGAUUGUAUAUAGGCUGCUGUUCAGUCGCUGUUUGUGGUCAGACUUACAGUACAAUAACAGACUGUUGGAUUCGGAUUGUAUAUAGGCUGCUGUUCAGUCGCUGUUUGUGGUCAGAUGUGGUCAGACAUGACAGACAAGAUGGACGCUACGGCUUCUGGAGGCUUACCGUACAAUAACAGACUGUUGGAUUCGGAUUGUAUAUAGGCUGCUGUUCAGUCGCUGUUUGUGGUCAGAUGUGGUCAGACAUGACAGACAAGAUGGACGCUACGGCUUCUGGAGGCUUACCGUACAAUAACAGUGUUGUGUGAACACCGAUAUCCGUGUUUACGGAGGGGAUACCUGUAUUCUCUGACUUCACAGUAAGAAGGCCUCUUAUUCAUUCACACAUCAUAGGUUUAUUAGGCUAUUGGACAGCGUGAUGAAGGAGAAAUAGGAAUUCGGCUCAAAUAUUGUUUAUUCCAAAUCGGAGUUAUGAUGUCAUUUCCUUUGUAGGCUUCCCCAUCGAAUAACGGGUGUAGGUUUAGUAGCCUUAAACAGCCUACAUCCCCUUAAUACUGUAUCGUCACAAAGCCGUCCGUUCCAGCCAGUGAUUAGCAGAAUGACUGAUCCAAACAGCAACACGGACGGUAUGGCUGGCUACUCCGGUAUCACCAGACUAAAUGUAGCUGGCAGUGGGUUACCUCGUCGGACCGUGCUGAACUCUCACACUCCUCCAGGCAGACUGACGUCCCUGCGGUCCCGGGACCUGACUCUGGGCGGGUUCAAAAAGAAGACUUUCGUACCCAAUGUCCAUUCUCUGAGGAAGAGUAAAGAUGAGUUAAAGGAAGAGGCCCAUGUUGCACCAAAGAAGGACAGAAGAGUGAGGGAGGAGAGGCACAGGGAGAGGAGAGUGGAGAGAAGAGAGCGCCCCCAUCAGACCAUUCAGUCCCACUCCAUCUUUGAACAGGGUCCUGCAGACACAGUAAAGAAACCAGGGGGGUGGAGAGGGACCGACCUCAGAGACAGCAGAUCCUCUCCUGUAGCUAAGUGUUUUAAGAAGGAGAGACGUGCCUCAGAGGAAAACGAUGAUGAUAUGUUACAGCUUCAACGGGAUGAUUUUUUGGAUGAUCCUGGUUUGAAAAAUGAUGCCAAGAACAAGCCGAUUCAACUGCCACUGUAUCAAUCCAGCAACUUCCUGAUAACAGAGGCAACAACUCCAUCAUUCAGAGCCCCUGCUACUACUAACCCACACCUGCCCCUUCAGUAUGGAGCAGGACAUCAGCACGGACCAGGCCAGGGGGUCCUGAGCCCAGACCAGAUCCCUCAGUACGGACCAGGCCAGGGGGUCCUGAGCCCAGACCAGAUCCCUCAGUACGGACCAGGCCAGGGGGUCCUGAGCCCAGACCAGAUCCCUCAGUACGGACCAGGCCAGGGGGUCCUGAGCCCAGACCAGCCCUCUGUAGCAGAUCUCUUCCAUCAGCUGACGGUUUCAGAGACAGAAGAGUUGCUGUUUAUCCAGCUUCCUGAUAUUAUCCCUGGCCAGCCAACCACAGCCACCGGCCAGCCAACCACAGCCACCGGCCAGCCAAUCACAGCCCCAGAAAAAAAUGGUAAAAAAGACUCCAAGUCCGACAGCAAGCGCUGCUCUCACAUUAAAGCACCAGACCCUGCUGGUCAAGACGUUCCUGUCCUGUCAGAGUUCACAGAGGGCUUUCUGGGUAAACUACAGAUCAGGAAGUCUGGCAAGGUGCAGCUGGUGCUGGGAGACAUCACUAUGGACGUCUCAGAGGGAGCUGCCUUCUCUUUCCUACAGCAACUGGUGUCUGUGCGUCUGUCUGAGGGCCUGACUGGAGACAUGAGUAUCCUGGGGAACAUCAAGCACAAGCUGGUCUGCUCUCCAGACUUCCAGGCUCUGCUACAGGAGCCGUCACCUGACCACUCAGCACCUCUCUAACUUAUAUACAGUUCACCUUUUUCAGCAUUAAUGUGUAGAUAUUGUACAGUUUUAUUAUACGAUGUGAGCAUUAAGUGUGUAGACAUUGUACAUAGUUUACUUUCAUCAUACAGCGUUUUAUGGACCUUGUCGAUUUCCUCCCAAUUUGUAAAUGUUUAUUUAAUAAAGAUUAAAUACAAAACAUGA